CCGGACGUGACAGAGCUGCACAUCAUCCUUGCUCCCGCAGCCAUGUGGCGGGUCGUUCUGGCCGCGUUGCUUCACUGCAGCUCGGUGGCGCUGAAGGACCUGGACCGGCUGGCCAAGGCGAGAGUGGAGACGUGUGGUGGAUGACAGCUGAACAGGCUCAUAGAGGUCAAAGCCUUCGUGGUCCAGGACAUUCCUCUUUACCAUAACCUGGUGAUGAAGCACAUUCCUGGGGCCGACCCUGAGCUUGUCCUCCUGAACCACUACUAUGAAGAGCUGGAUCGGAUCGCCCUGUCCGCCAUGAGUCGCUCCGAGAUCAACGAGCUGCUGGGCCAGUUGGGCUUCUACAAGAAGGUCAAGCCCGAGGACCAGGUGCCCGAGGAGUUCCGCUUCUCUCCAGCCAAAGACAGCCCGUUUAAAGACGAGCUGCCCUACAAGUCCCCCGCAGCCCCCCCCGCCACCGACGGCGAGCAUAAUGACCUGUAACCUGCGUUGUGUGGAGAGGGAGAUUCCCACAGAACCGCUAAGCUGACCCACAUCCAGCUGGUCAACGUACUUAAUGAAAUAAACACUUUUCACUUUCUUUAAUUUGCACACAUUGCUGUUGCCUUUUAAUCUCAAUUUAGCUGCAAUAAUAACCCCACAGUUUGCUUUGAGUGCUUUUUUUACUCUGUACACAGAGCUUUUUGGUACAUUGUGUGUAAACGACCUUCAUUGCUUUGCCUCACUUGACCUCCUCUUGUGGGCCUGAAUGCUUCCUGCUGGAAACUGAAUGAAGCCUCAGGCUGAAAACUGUCUGGCCGGCCCGAGGCUGAUGCUACAUGUUCUGGUGGGUUUGACCUACGCCCACAAGAGGUCAAGUGGAGGAGAAUAAUAAAAUAUUUUUAAAAAUAAA